CAAACCCGGAAGUGGGAAUGUGUCAUGGUGCCAACGGGCUGCACUUUUCAAAUCGGUGAAGACAGGAAGCUCAUGAUCAUCAGGAUUUUUUUUUGCAGAGCCAAGAAAACCGGAUUAUAUAAAGGAAAAUAUGAAAAUGACACCAUAAACAAGUUUCUAAGGUGUGAAAAAUAGAGGUUUGGCCCAACAGAGCUUGGAGGUUUAUCGGAAAGGGAACUAACUGGAACCAGAAUUGGUGCCAUUUUUCAACGUUCCUGAAAUUGUUAUAAGAGAAAAAACAACAUUUUAUUGAAUCCUUCAGACCCGAGGAGAUGCACCAUGUCGUGGAGACGAUCUUGAACGAGAUCCUGUUUCCGGACCCGAGAUAGUUCCCACUUCCCACUUUACAUUCCUGAACUCGGCUCAUGGCCCGGAGGCGGGUGGAGGGUCGCGGUGGGCUCCUGGCGGAUAUCCAGACCCCAAUACUGACCGAGCCGCUUGACUCACUUUUCCACAUCACCGGAGAGAUCGGCAGGGGGAAGUUUGCAGUGGUAAAGAAAUGCGUGGAGAAGGCGACGGGUAAAGAGUUCGCUGCGAAGUUCGUGCGGAAGCGUCGCCGAGGUCGUGACUGCAGGGCUGAUGUGCUCCACGAGCUGGCGGUGCUGGAGGUAGCCAGGUGCAACCCUCGCAUCGUCGACUUGCAUGCCGCCUACGAGAACGAGCACGACAUCGUCCUGCUGCUCGAAUAUGCGGCAGGUGGUGAGAUCUUUGACCACUGCGUGUCUGACGAGCUGCUGUCCGAAGGCCAGAUCGUUCGUUUGAUCCGACAGAUUCUUGAAGGCGUCAAUUUGCUCCACCAGACCAACGUGGUCCACCUUGACCUAAAGCCUCAAAACAUUCUUCUGACCAGUCUGAAUCCUCUGGGGGACAUUAAGAUCGUAGACUUCGGGCUGGCGAGGCGUCUCGGCUCUGUCGGAGAACUGCGAGAGAUCGUGGGGACGCCAGAGUAUGUAGCUCCAGAAAUCCUGAACUAUGAGCCCAUCACUACCGCCACAGAUCUCUGGAGCGUCGGCGUGAUCACGUACAUGCUGAUCACAGGGGAGUCACCGUUCGCCGGCGAGGACAAGCAGCAGACAUUCCUGAACGUCUCGCAGGUGAACGUGGACUACGGCAAGGAGGCCUUCUCUCGCAUGUCCGAGCUCGCUGUGCAUUUCAUCCGGGAACUGCUGGUCAAAGCGCCAGAGGACCGUCCGAGUGCCGCCGACUGUCUGAGACACCCCUGGUUGUGGCAGCAGUGCCUAAGCCCCGAACUCCCUCCUCUUCCGCCCGUAAGCCAGCGUGUCCCCAGAGAACGCAGCGGUGGUGCCAAGUGGUCUUCGGCUCCCGGGGACCUCGAGGACAAAGAAAACAUUUUGGAUUCGCCACAGUCCAAGAGGUUCCGCUUCGAGGAUGACGCUCAGGCGCCGCGAGACAUCAACAUCUAAACCUGUCGUUUUUGUUUUGUUUUUUUUUCCCCCCUGUUUGAUCAGGGCGAGAUUUUCUCUACCGGUCCUCUUAAACCACCUCUGGGACCAAACACAAAAAAAACACCAAAGAUGAUUAUCUGAACUUCUUGCACCAGGUUUCCUGCCACUGAAUCGCACUCCUUCUACAGCUCAUUCUCUCGUCCGUGUAAUUUUAUUGUCAGUGUACAUUUUUAAUUUGAUCUAUUGUGUUUUUUUUUGUUUUUUUUCCUUUGUGUAAUAUUUAUUUGAGGUCCAAUUCGGUGCGUUGUUUUAAAACAGGCUGUGCGAAACCUGCGACGUUUUAAUAGAAAUGGUGUUGGGUUUCUUUUUGUGGUGAUUUUUCCACUUAUCGCGAUCACUUCUCGGUGCUUUGAAUCAAUAUGCUGGACUGCGGGGGAAACACAAGAUCGCGUGUAUUAUUAAUUAAAAGAUAUAUAAAUAAAAAAAGGGCAUUGGGCUGAGGUGCUCGUCGUAUUCGUUGUAGUAAACCACAAAUGAACUCGUUAUAAUAGUAGCGUUCGUGCUGUUUGUUUGCCGUAUUUGGGCAAAUUUUGCAAAAUGCACUUCCCCUUAGUCACAGAUUUGCCUGAUAUAAAGUACUUAACCCUUGA